AUGCUGUCUUUCAUCGUGAGCUCCGCGUCCGGCCUCGUCGUGCCACGCGUCGCGCGCUCCACCCCUCGUUGCGGUGCGCCCACCGCCGUCACUCAGGGCGAGGUGCAUGGCGAGGGGGGCGCCUACGUUGCGGGCCACUGGGUGCCGCUCGAGCUUUGCAAGGAGAAGUUCAACAUCGCGGGAGGCUCGAACGAGAAGACGCCGGCGGGCCCGUGCCCCCGGUCUAUCACGCGCCACUCGUCAGCCAAGCCGGACGGCAGCUACGAUGUUGCCAUUAUCGGAUCCGGGUGCAUCGGCGCCGCCGUGGCGCGCGAGCUCUCCAAGACGACGGCCUCUGUCGUGAUGCUGGAGGCGGCGGACGACGUGUGCCAGGGAGCGACCAAGGGCAACUCGGGCAUCGUUCACGCGGGCUUCGACGACAAGCCCGGCUCGGUGCGCGCCGCGCUGUGCUGGAAGGGGAAUCAGCUCUUCCCGCAGCUCGACUCGGAGCUCCACUUUGGCUACCAACUUACCGGCUCGCUGCUGCUCGCGCGCGGCGCCGAGAACGGCGUCAAGAACCUGCGCAUUGUCGGCGAAGAGGAGCUCCGCCGCAUGGAGCCCCGCCUCGCUCCCGGCGCCACCGCGGCGCUGCACUCGCCUGACGCGGGCACACUCAUCCCUUACGAGUACACGAUCGCGCUGGCGGAGAACGCGGCCGACAACGGCGUUGAGGUGCGCACGCGGCGCGAGGUGCGCGGCAUCGCAAAGGACAAGGCGGCCGGCCUCUUCGACAUCCAGAUGGAGCACUGGGAGCCAAAGGAGUUCGUCGAGGCGACGGGCGGCGGCCCGCUCUCGGCGCUGCGCAAGGCGCUCUCGGCGGCGGCGCCGGCGCUCGGCCGCUACUUUGGCGGCGAGGACGAGGCGGGCCCGUGGAAGGACUACCCGCAGCUUGUCAAGGGCGAGCAGGCGGUCGACGUCGAGGCGAUGAAGGUGGGAGGCUCCGGCUCGCGCCGCGCGAUGGGCGGCGUGACUGUCGCGAGGGAGACGGUGCGCGCCAAGUACGUCGUCAACUGCGCGGGCGGCGCGUCCGACAAGGUCGCUCGGCUGGUCGGCGACGAGUCGUUCCAGAUCAAGCCGCGGCUGGGCGAGUACGGCAUCCUCGUCCAAAAGACGCUCUGGGGCAACCUCAUCCUCGGCCCCACCGCGCGCGACGUGGACAAGUGGCCGACCCCCGGCGUCGACCCCGACUCGAAGCAGCAGGUUCUCUCCUCCAUCCUCUCCGCCUGCCGCAGCCUCGUGCCCGACUUUGAGACGGACGACGCCUUCCACUCCUUCUCUGGCGCGCGUGCAAAGUCGAGCCGCGGCGACUGGAUCAUCGAGCGGUGCGCCACCGAGCCCGACCUGAUCCACGCGGCCGGCAUCGACUCGCCCGGCAUUGCCGGCUCUCCCGCGAUCGCGCUCGAGGUCGUCCGGCUGCUCGGCGAGGCCGGGCUCGACGCGCCCGCCGACCCAGCCUUCAACCCGAGCCGGGCGGCGGUGGUCGUGCCCAAGCGCGGGGACGAGGGCCUCGUCUACACUCCCGACGACAAGGAGAGCCUCAACGCGCUCGGCGUCUCGGCCGCCGAGAACGUCGUGUGCAAGUGCGAGAAGGUGACCGAGGCGGAGGCGAUCCGCAAGCGGACGCGCGCGGGCAUGGGCGGCUGCCAGGGCAAGCCGUGGAACUACGGCUGCGAGUGCCGCGUCGCGCAGAUCAUCGCGCGCGAGACGGAGGGCCUCCCGGUGGCCGAGGUUGGGCGGCGGCCGUGGUCGGCGACAUCGCAGUUCCCGCGCCGCUGGCUGUCGGACGGCGACAAGGAGAACCUCAAGGCGUGGUCGCAGCCGCCGCCCGCGGAGGCGGACGAGACGGCGCGCAAGCUGGAGGAGGCGCUCCCCCUCGAGGUGUCGCCCGUCGAGGCGGCGGAGGCCGAGGCGGAGUAG